CACCGAGGUCUUAGAGGGAGUGUUUAAAAAGCACGAAUAUACGAAGUAAUAUGGUCAAUGAAUGGAACGCUUAAGUCGAACAAGUGGUAUCAGCCCCAUCAGUAAGCCUUUUCAAGGAGAAGACGAAUCUUCCCUGGAAAAAAAGAUGGCUGACCGAGUGCCUUAAAGUGUGUUCAGUAAAACUGUUGUCAGCGCCAAUGUCGAGGACUGGCAGAAUUAUAUAUUUUGCAGAUUUACCUACCGUUAAAAAUAUACCAAAGUUCAUACUUGGAAAAAUCAGUGGUACGAAAACCGGUUAGGAGAAAGGGUAUGAUAUGCUCAAAACACACUUCUAUCAGGUGGUUUUCAAUAGUACAAAUAUACCAGACAUAAAAGUUCCAAGGUCUUUAAAUGCUGUUGCCGAGAAAACUCCACAACCAAAUAUUUUGGGCCAUCAUGUUAUUACAGAGGAAUGUUUGACUUCAUUAGUGGAAGAUAAACAAUAUUACGAAACCCCCAUUCUUCAUUUACUCUCACGAAGAAACAACGUGAUUGCAACACUAACUGAUUGUAAUGGACGAGUUCUGAAUGGCACUAGUUGUGGUGCUGAAGGUUUCCGGAACGCUCGUAAAAUGUCUACUGUUGCUUUUCAAACUGUGGGUAUCUCCAUAGGACUGAAGGCGAAAAAACUUGGGAUUGGGGCUGUGCGUGUUGUAUUUAAUGGGCUAGGGUCAUGUAGGUUGCCUGUGCUCUCAGGUUUGAAUAUCUCGGGACUAAAGAUGAUCUCUUUGACGGAUGAUACAAAAGUUCAUUAUGGCCAUGGGAGAAGACCUAGAAAACAACGUAGGAUUUAAAAGGAACUUUCGCAUCCCUCCUAAUGUAAUCAUAGUAGUGGGAGUGUACAUAAUAUAAACCCUAAAUUUCGGCCUAUUUA